UAUAAGGUCACAUGGCUCACACUGAUGAUGUAAUCAAAGAAGAGGUUUCCUUCUCUCUUCUCAUGCACAGAAAGAGAAGGAGAGAGAGACUGCCAAGAGCAGUAAAAAAGCACAAGGCCAGGAAAAGAAUAUCUCUUCGUCAUGGGCAAGUCAGCCUCGAGGAUAUUCAGUGAGGAGGUGCUAAAAUCUCAUAAUGAGUACAGAAAGAAGCAUCAAGCACCGCCACUGAAGCUCUGCAACAAACUUUGCAGAGAGGCAGCGAGAUAUUCCGAGAGUUUGGCGAGCACCAGGAUUUUAAAGCACAGUGUUGAAUCGAGUAGAGGAAACUUUGGAGAAAAUCUAGCCUGGGCGUCUUAUGAUCAAAUGGGAAAGGAUGUGUCUGAUCGCUGGUAUAAUGAAGUGAACCAGUACAACUUUAACCAGCCUGGAUUCUCCUCUGGAACUGGUCACUUCACUGCGAUGGUGUGGAAGAGCUCAAAGAAGCUGGGUGUUGGUAAAGCUGUUGCAUCUGAUGGUUCCACGUUUGUAGUGGCUCGCUACUUUCCUGCUGGGAAUAUAACUAAUCAGGGCCAGUUCCAAGCUAACGUCCUGCCUCCUAAAAGUUGAUCCUGGAAAGUUUAUUGAGUUAGAGGUCAAAGGGCAUGGACUGUUAGGGCGAAUUGAACACGGGUCUGAAAGCAGUGAAUUGAAGCCCGAUCAAACACAAAGAUGCCUUACAGUUUAGUUGGCCUUAAAAUGUUACAAAUUUUAAAAUACUAACUUUAAUCCAUGAGAGUUGGAAUAUAUUCAGAGCAUUGUAAGAUCAUUGAGCUCAUAUACUAAGUACCUAGGUAUUUUUAGACAUGUAAUUUCAGACAUGUAGUCCCCCAGUGCUCACACACACACUGUGUCUCGUAUUAUUGCUAAAGGUGAAAUUCAAAGGGAAAUGUCCUCAUAAGAGUGGCACAGCUUGACCCUGAAUAAGCAUCUGGGAUGUUUUAAAACAUCGUCUGCCUUACUUUAAAGAAAAAGCCAGUGUUUUGUCUGUAUUGUUUCACAGUUAUGGUUGAGAUGACCUCCAGCAGUAAAUGUUUUAGCUCUUUAAAACUUGUCAGAGCUUGCCUCUUAAUUUUCUAUUUCAUUAAAACUCCACAGUAGUGGUUUGUUUUAUAUCAAGUGUUAUUCACCAUUUUGAUGAAGGCUUUCACUCAACAUCCAAGAUGAAUCUCCCAGCUUGUCUACUUCACACCAAAAUAUUUUGGUCUAUACCCAGUAUAACCUUUUGAACUGCUUGGCAGAGAUGGACUAGACUUAGCUGAACACUCUUCUCUGUCUCUCCAGCAACUGUUGUCGUAUUACGAAUAAACCAUGUCUUUUAUAAA